AUGACUGCAGUGCAUUUCCACAUGGAGAACUACGCUAAUCCGGCACUGCACUGUGAAAAACUCUUAAAAGAGACGAAUCCCGGGAACACUGGGCGUGAGGCGGAAACACAUCCAGGAAACAUAUCCAGGAAACACGUCCCGGGAACACGUCCCGGAAACACAUCCCAGAAACACGUCCUCGAAACACAUCCCAGAAACACAUCCAGGAAACACAUCCAGGAAACACAUCCCGGAAACACAUCCCAGAAACACAUCCAGGAAACACGUCCCGGAAACACAUCCAGGAAACACGUCCCGGAAACACAUCCCAGAAACACAUCCAGGAAACACGUCCCGGAAACACGUCCAGGAAACACGUCCCAGAAACACAUCCCAGAAACAUGUCCUCGAAACACAUCCAGGAAACACAUCCCAGAAACACGUCCCGGAAACACGUCCAGGAAACACAUCCAGGAAACACAUCCCAAAAACACAUCCCAGAAACACGUCCUGGCUUUAUGA